AUGCUCAAUAAUAUGACUCAAUUAACAACAAUGAUAACAACUAUAGCAUCAACAAUAACCACAAAUAAUCUAUCAACAUCACCAAUAAAUGAAAUGAAUCAAUCUAUGGCAACAAGAUCAUUAGUAACAACUACUAAUAUUAUGUCAAUAAUCAAUACAAAAUGUAAACCUAUUGAAUCAUUAGAAUUAUUUGGACGUGUUUAUGGUGAUAUGCAUGGAUAUAUUACAUUAUUUCUAUGUCCUAUAUGUGUAUUAUCUAAUAUUUGUAUUGUCAUUGUACUUAAUCAACGUGAUAUGAUAUCACCAACAAAUUUUCUAUUAACAUCCUUGGCAAUCAGUGAUGGUUUAAUAAUGAUUUUCUAUAUACCAUUUACAAGUUAUUUUCUAAUUGGUCGUCAUACACGUAAUUCAACUUAUAAUUGGGCUGUUUAUCUUUUAUUUCAUAUUAGUCUACAAAAUUUUCUUCAUUUGACAUCAAGUUAUAUUGUUGUUGUUAUAGCUGUAUUUCGUGUUCUAUAUGUUAAAUUUAUAGUACAAUGUCAAAUUUUAUGCAGUAUGAAAAGAGCUAAACUUGCUAUUACUAUAGUACUUGUAAUCAGUAGUAUAUUAUCUAUUCCAUGUAUUAUGAAUCAUCAUAUUGUACAAAAUAAUAAUCAAGAUAAAGUGAUUAGUUACAUGGUUACUUAUGUGGAUAAUGAAGUUAUGUUAAAUUAUCUUUAUUGGAAUACAGCAAUUUUUUUGAAACUUCUUCCAUUAUUAUGUUUAUGUGUACUCAGUUUCUUGAUUAUAUUUACAAUACGUAGACAAAAUUCUCGUAUGAGAAAAAUGAAAACUAAAUCAAUAAUUUGUGUUGAUCCUAUUGUUGAAACAUCCAAUCCACAAAAUCCUACUAGUUCAAAUUCUGUGAUCACUGAUAAUAAUGAAUUAGAUCAUAAUAAUAAACAUCAAUUCAUUAAUCAUAAUACAAAAGUAAAUGUUAAAUUUCAAUCAGUUCAUAUGUCUAACACAUUGCCAUACACCACUAGUUCAAUAUAUAAAAAUGAUACUCUAUUAAAAAAACGUACUACUUUUGAAAAUGAACGUGAAAAAGCAGAAAAUAGAAUGACAAAAUUUUUAUUAGCUAUUGUUAUCAUAUUUAUGAUUACGUUACUUCCUCAGGCAAUAUUACUAUUUUUAAGUGGACUUGUUGGUGAUUGUUUCACAGAUACUGUGUAUAAUGCAUUGGGUGAUUUUAUGGAUCUAUUAACAAUUGUUAAUAAUGGUAUUAAUUUUAUAUUGUAUUGUUCAAUGUCACAUCAAUUUCGUACAACUUUCAUACAAUUCUGUACACGGAUAUUUAAAACAUGUAAAAAGACUUAA